GUGCUAGAUGUAGAUGAGCGCGCGCAGCCAGCGGCACGCGAGCAGUGCGCGCAGUAUGCGUGCUAGAUGUAGAUGAGCGCGCGCAGCCAGCGGCACGCGAGCAGUGCGCGCAGUAUGCGCGCCAGAAGUAGAUGAGCGCGCGCAGCCAGCGGCACGCGAGCAGUGCUCGCAGUAUGCGUGCUAGAUGUAGAUGAGCGCGCGCAGCCAGCGGCACGCGAGCAGUGCGCGCAGUAUGCGCGCCAGAAGUAGAUGAGCGCGCGCAGCCAGCGGCACGCGAGCAGUGCUCGCAGUAUGCGUGCUAGAUGUAGAUGAGCGCGCGCAGCCAGCGGCACGCGAGCAGUACGCGCAGUAUGCACGUCUGAAGCAGGUGAGCGCGCGCAGGUACCGGCACGCGAGCAACACGUGCAGUCUGCACGGCUCUGCGCUCUCCUGCUGGAGCACGGCGCCGACUCGCUACUGACCUCACACGUCGGCGACAACGCCCUGCGUCUGUGAACAAAUCAGACAGAAGGCGCCUCCAUUGUCAAAGUUUAGAUAGCACCUGCAAUGCUCCAAUAAUCCUGUUCGUCACGCCGUCCAUCUGCUGACCAGCACUGCUACACACACCCGCCGAUUUGCAUGACGCUGUUCCAGGGUACUCAGGUGCACAUGCGUCACCCCCUUCGACGGAAACCGUUGCUGCUGGUGGCAAAAAUAACUGCGCGUGGCGUUCGGUACAAGAGUGCGACAGCGUAUUGCGAUUAGACGGUACCGGUAAAGUGGUUAUUAAUCUCACGACUAUAAUUAUGUUCCAAAGAACGGUUCCACGGAACUAUGCCAGGAGACAUCCUGCGGCGUAGGUAUCUUGCUCUUCCUACACACAACACGAUCGCGACGAUGACUAAUGCAACAAACUCCUAAAUCUAGAAUUCGAGCGGUCAUGACAGCGUCGAUGAGAAUGAUCGCGCCUGUAUUUUCUACAUCGACGUCCCGUCACUUUUCAAAAGCACGUGGUUUUAUCCCAAUUCUGAUAUUAUCGACCAGAAGUGAGGUAGUUAACAAAAAGAAAUAAAUAACACAGAACUGGCCUAAUUAUAUUUCACUGAAUUAACAACAAUACUUUUAACAAAAUGAUUUCCAUUUACUAUUAACGAAAACUGUUAAAAUUACACAAGAACCAAACAUGUUUCAACAAGAACCGCACACACGAACGCCACGCACAAAAAGAGGCAAAGGCGCAGCGAGGGAUCGUUUUUAUAGUUUUAGCGCUGGCUCUCGGUCGGGGGUUGCCAGGAUUCGGUAACAAUUGAUUAUUUCACAAAACACUUGCGAGCUCUAGGUACCCUAAAGGAACCUACUUCCUUCUGGGACACUUUGAUCAUUUUUAUGAUGACAACAAAACUAGAUGGCGCCACAAGUCGCAAAUGGGAGGAGCACAGGAAUUGUUUGACUGAGCCGCCUUCUCUUGAAUCUUUUUGUGAAUUUUUACGUAAUCGUGCUGAUGUUUUGGAAACUGUACACUUUUGCAAAACUGAACAACCAAAGACAGAUAAACACGUUCAAAGUAAAGAACCAAAAUAUACCAAAUCUUUUGUUGCUGCAAAUUCAUCGUCGAAAUCGUGUGUUAUUUGUUCUAAAAAUCAUUUUCUUUAUGAGUGCGAUAAAUUUAAAAUUAUGAAUGAAGAUGCAAGGUUGAGCCUAGUUAAUAAGCAUAAAUUGUGUUCUAACUGUUUUAAACCUGGUCAUCGUCCCUCUCGUUGCUUCAGGAAAGGCUGCCAGAUAUGUAAUGCGAAACACAACUCGUUAUUACAUAAACAAUUGCAAGAGAAUGGUACCGUGAACACAGACAACAACAUACCUAGCCCGUCUUCUUCUUCUCAAGGCGGUAGUGCCAAUGAACAGGUGUCGCUGUCUGCGAUGAUGCCUGGUCAAGUGUUGCUUUGUACCGCUCAGGUUUUGGGAGAUUGAGGAAUUACCCCCUCUUAACAGGCAGAAGUUCUCAAAGGUUGACGAGGUAUGUGAAUCUCAUUUUUUACAAAAUACAAAGCGUACUGAGGAAGGUCGAUUCUCAGUACUGAUGCCUUUGAGUGAGUCGCCUGAUAGAGCUUUGGGUGAUUCUUUCAAUACUGCUAAAUGUAGAUUUUUUAGUUUAGAGAAAAAACUCGACAAGUUUCCGAUUUUGAAAGAAAAAUAUAAAGCUUUUAUUCAUGAGUAUGAACGGUUGGGCCAUUUAUCACCAAUCGAGAGUCCUCCUUUCGGGUAUUAUUUACCUCAUCACCCUGUGACACGUGAUCAAAGCGAAACUACACCUAUGCGCGUCGUGUUUGAUGGCUCAUGUAAAACCACGAGCGGUAAGUCAUUCAAUGAUAUACAGCUAGUAGGGCCGGUAGUACAGGACGAUUUGUUUUCGAUCUUGUCACGUUUUCGUUACAAUGCAUUUGUUGUCACAGGGGACAUAGAAAAAAUGUACCGACAAAUCGAGGUCGAUGAGUCGCAGCGCCAUCUGCAAUUGAUUCUCUGGAGGGAUAAAUCUACUCAGCCACUAAAAAUAUUUCAACUAAAUACGGUAACUUACGGAACAGCCUCAGCUCCUUUUUUGAGUACGAGAUGUCUCUUACAACUAUCCAGAGAUUGUUUAGAAAAUCCCGAUGUAGCGAACGUUAUUGAACAUGAUUUCUACGUCGACGACUUAAAUACUGGGUCAAGUUCCAAAGAGAAACUGCAAAGUACGAUAAAAGGAGUAGUAGAGAAGUUGUCUGAAGCUUGUUUCCCGUUGCGUAAGUUUCGCACAAAUGUUCCUGAAAUCUUUGAUGACAUUUCAGUUACAAAACAAAGCCAAGACUUUUGUAAGGACUCUACAGUACUGGGACUGAAUUGGUCACCUGAAACUGAUACGUUGCGUUUUCUUACUAAGCUUGAAUGUAAUCUUCCAAUUACUAAACGGAAUAUUCUUUCAGUGUCGUCAAAAUUAUUUGACCCGCUUGGUUUGCUGUCCGCUACGACAAUUAUUCCGAAAACUUUGCUGCAGAAAUUGUGGCUGCUCAAAAAUGGAUGGGAUGAUCCUAUACCAGAUCAAAUCAAAGCUGAGUGGCAGGAGUUCUUAGCUAAUUUGAAUCAGUUGUCCACUCUUGAGAUCCCGAGGCACGUCAUUUGCCAAGCUCCAGACAAUGUAGAAUUACACUGUUUUACUGAUGCCUCGCAGAUGGCCUACGGUGCAUGUUUGUAUCUUAAAUCUACAGACAAUGUAGGUAAGGUUACAGUUCACCUUUUUUGUGCCAAGGCUAAAGUGGCUCCACUGAAGCCGGAACUAACUAUUCCUCGGCUAGAGUUGAUGGGUGCUUUGUUAGGUGCUCGAUUGCUGGCUAAGGUGGUACAGUCGUUAAGCUGUAAAGACAUUAAAAUAUCGCGGUGUUUCCUAUGGACGGAUUCAACAAUCGUCUUGGGAUGGAUUCAUUCUGAACCAAAGACGUUGAAAACGUUUGUUUGUAACCGAAUAGAGGAAAUUCGUGAACUUACCUCUGAAUAUGAGUGGAGACAUGUACCUACUCACAGCAAUCCAGCAGACCUUGCCUCUCGAGGUGUAAAGCCGCAACAACUGAAAGAAAACAACCUGUGGUGGAACGGUGCUCCCUUUCUGAUGCAGCCAGAGGGCGAAUGGCCAGGUCAUCACAUAGUGCCUACCACACUUCCUGAAACGAAGGUUAGUUUGAGUUUGCAGUGUGAUGAAAAUAUUGAGUUUGUCCUUUUUCGUACAUGUUCAAAGCUUCACAAGAUGCAAAGAAUCAUGGCCUUUGUAAUGCGCUUUAUACAAAACUGUAAAUCCAAGAGUAAUAAGAUAAAGGGUAGUCUGACACUUAAAGAAUUAAUAAAUUCAUUUUUUACUUUGGCUAAGCUUUCUCAAAGGGAUUCCUUCAAACAGGAUAUCCAUUCACUGAAAACUUCGGGUUGUCUUAACCGCAAAUCGAGAAUCAUAUCACUGAAUCCUUUUUUGGAUACUGAUGGGGUGCUACGUGUUGGAGGUCGUCUUCACAAGGCAUUAGUUCCUUACAAUCAAAAACAUCCCAUCAUUAUUGAUUCUAAACAUAUUUUCACGAAAUUACUUUUUAAACAUGAACACGUUCGUCUUUUACAUUGUGGGCCCCUGCAAUUGUUGUCUUUGAUUCGUGAAGAUUUUUGGCCUAUCGGUGGUCGUGUAUUGGCGACUCAGACAACUAAUAAUUGCGUACAGUGUACCAAAAUGAAAGGCAAAAAUAUACAGCCUAUUAUGUCUAACUUACCUGAUCCUCGUGUCAAUCCAGCUGCUCCGUUUGAGACUUGUGGCACCGAUUUUGCAGGUCCCUUCCUUAUAUUGAAUCGCAAAGGCCGUGGCGCAAGAACAAGCAAAUGCUACUUGUGUCUCUUUGUUUGCUUUUGCACUAAAGCUCUGCACCUAGAGGUCGUGAGUGAACUAAGCACUAAUGCAUUCAUCCUCUGCUUACGUCGGUUCAUCUCUAGACGCGGUAAACCACGCACAAUAUAUUGCGACAAUGGCAAAAAUUAUGUUGGGGCGAAUAAUGAAUUGAAAAGAAUGCUUAAAGCCGCUAAUGAGUCCGUUACUGAUUUCGGUUUAUGUGAGGGCAUAGAGUUUAAAUUCAAUCCAGCCUACGCUCCCAACUUUGGUGGUAUCUGGGAGGCUGGCGUUAAAGCCGCAAAGUUUCAUCUAAAACGUGUAGCAGGAAAUAACGGUUUGACCUUUGAGGAAUUAACAACGUUGUUCUCUCAAAUUGAGGCAAUAUUAAAUUCCCGUCCCCUGACACCUAUGUCAGCGGACCCCUCUGAUAUUACACCUUUAACACCUGGGCACUUCCUUAUCGGGCGUCCAUUAUCGUCGUUACCGGCUCCAACUACGACCAGGAUAUCGAUCAACCGAUACCAGCAGUUAGAACGUAUGAGACAAACGUUCUGGACACGGUGGUCACGUGAGUUCCUGUGUGAGCUUCAGCAGCGUGUAAAAUGGCAGAAGAAUGGCGAGCGGAACGUAAAAAUUGGAGACAUGGUAGUCGUCAAGGAUGAUCAACUUCCACCAAUGAAAUGGAUCCUAGGACGAAUUCACCACAUGUAUUAUGGACCUGAUGGAAUCUGCAGAGUUGUGGAUAUCAAGACGUCAAAGGGCAUCGUCAAAAGAGCGUUAACAAAAAUUUGCGCUCUGCCCACAGGAGAUGCCUAUGAGCUCCUUGGAACCUCAGCUUCCAAGGGGGGGGAGGAUGUUCACGACGUUCAGGGCGAGAGAGGGGACGGGGGAAGGCAGCGGGAGGAAGAUGCGCCCGCGGCCUAAGAUUUGUGUUCGUCGACCAGCCGUGACACGCGUCAACACAUUUGUAAAAUAAUGUAUUUUGAAAGUAGUUAAAUAAAACUAUCAAUAAUUCUGUCAUACGUGGUUUCUUCUUCACCAUCGUCAUGAACAACAAAUAAA